AUGAGCAAAGUCAUUCAGGAGUUGGAUUCUAUUCAUUUCUCAAUGAAGAGAGCCUCUAAAUUGGCUAAGCAACUUGGUAGGCAGAUUGCUACUGACAAGUGUAUUAUGAUGCUAUUGCUCCUUAUUGUCAUCAGAGUGAUAGUUAUUGUUAUUGUAAAGUGCUUAUUUGCAGGAGGUUAUGACAAAGAAGAAAAAGCAGCUCUAGCCUAUGAUUUAGCAGCCCUAAAAUACUGGGGAACCACAACAACAACAAAUUUUCCGAUUAGUCAAUAUGAAAAAGAGUUGGAAGAAAUGAAGCACAUGACAAGGCAAGAGUAUGUUGCGUCAUUGAGAAGGAAGAGUAGUGGAUUUUCUCGUGGUGCAUUCAUUUAUCGCGGAGUAACUAGGCAUCAUCAACAUGGUAGAUGGCAAGCUCGGAUUGGAAGAGUUGCAGGCAACAAAGAUCUCUAUCUAGGAACUUUUAGUAAGUGA